GUUUAUAGGCGGCAAUCUUAACUGUGUGCGUCUCUUUUUUUCUCACUGAUGGUUUAUGACUCCUCAUUCUUGUUGGCUGUUAAGGAUCGUGUAACGGAAAAGCUUAAGACACUUGGUGCAUUUAUUGAUGAUGAACUACCUGAUUACAUCAUGGUUAUGGUUGCAAAUCAGAAGAAUGAAAGUAGUAUGGCUAAGGACUUACAGCUGUUCUUAGGAGAACACACAAAAAAGUUCACCGAGUGGUAAGAAAUGCUAUGAUUGUAUCUAUUCUCUAGGCUGCAUAAUAUGCUAGAGAAUAUGAAGAGCUCUGGUCGUGAUUCGAGUGACAGUCGCAAAGAAAGUGAAACCACACGGUCAUCACGACAAAAGUCUGGAAGACGUAAGACUGCAAGACCUCAUUCUCCUGACUCCCAGGAUGACUCACCUUCAAAGUCAUUAAACCGCUCAAGAUCGAGAUCACCUUUAGAACGGGUUAAGCGUAGGAAAUAUUCGAGUAGUUCUCGUGAACCUCACGGAGAUUCAGAUGUUGUUAGUACAAAAGUUCCUGAUGACUUACGUAAAUCUGAGGACAAUAAUGGGUAUCACAUCAAAGAGGAACGCAAAGUUAUGUCGACAUCCUCACUCUCCAGGAAACCAAAUCAUGAAAAUGAGAAAGUCGCAUCACACCUUCCUGAUGAAAUCAGCCUUAAAUCGGUUGUUGAAGUGAAGAACUCAGACAGCCAUAAACAAACUAAAAAACGAUUGGAAUAUCCCCAGCCUUCAAGCUUGUUGCUAAAACGAGCUGUGAAUGAAGCUAAAGAAAGUACGCUGACAAGCGAAUCUAUCCCAACAAAACGCAAACCGAUCUCUCGACCAGUGGCGUGUUCUGAUGUAUCCUCAUCUUCACAGCCUGAUUCUACAAGAUUUUUCAUCACUCUUUCGGGUACUGAAUCUAAUCCAGUAGAAACAACUACUUCCGCUAAUCGACGUAACACUUCCAAGCUUGGUCGUUUACAGAGGGUUGAAUAUUCAUCAUCAGGUGACAUUGAUGCAUUGGACAAUAGAAAAAUACGACUUAGUUCACGUCUAGUAAAUUCUUCAUCUAUUCGUCGUGAUGGUAGAAUAAGCGUUAAACAACGUCUUGGUCCAGUUAUUCAACCACCUAAGCGUACUCGAAUAACCAGUAUCUCUCGAAAUGAAGAAAAAAUUAUUUAUAAUUCCGGCAAUGAUAUCGAUGAUUACCUUGAUGGGGAUUAUGUUGAACUUGCCUGUGAUGAUGUUGAUGAUAAUGCAUUUGUAGAUGAUAUAGUCGAUGAAAGCAAUUUUAUAUCUCGUCAUAAAAUGACUCUAAGUGAGAGAUUAAGUCAAAAAAACCCACCCUUGGUAGUUAAUUUAAAUGAAACAGACGAAGAUGAAGAUAUUGCCAAUCAUCAUGUCAGUGAGAAAGGACGACCUAAAAAGAUUGUUUUAGAGAAAUGUAAAGAAAAAACUCAGAAUGCAACAGAUUCAACUACAGAAGCUGGAGAUCAACCAAACAUCCCAAGCUCUUUAGAACGUUGUAAAUUUUGGCCUAAUUGUCGAAAUGGAACUUCUUGUCAGUAUAUUCAUCCUUCAGAACCAUGUCAAUUAUUCCCACGGUGUAAAUUUGGAGCAACAUGUACCUUUAUUCAUCCACCAUGUCGUUAUGGUGCAGCAUGUGCACGUCCUGACUGUCCGUUCACGCAUUCAGCGAAACGAGUUCUGCCUGUGGUGUCUGCUAAUCCAGCUCAAAUAGUAUGUCGUUUUCAAGGUAGAUGUACAAAUCCAUUGUGUCAGUUUUAUCAUCCACCACCUGUUGUCGUUCAACCUUCUCCACUGGUUAUUCGACAACCUGUUGCUCCAAUGUUUGCUGGACCUAUCCCCUGUCGAUUUGGUUCUGCUUGUACUAAUCGUGCUAAAUGUCCAUUUCUUCACUCAGAUCUACCUUCAGUUGAUCAACUCAAAUGGAUUGCACCGUCUAAGAAGCAACAGCAACAAACAUCCAAUACUGUUUCUGCUGUUGAAAACUCACCGGAUAAAGUAAAUAAGCCUCUAGUGACUACUGUUGUAAAAGCUGCAUAAAACCUAACAAAAAAUGUAUGAAUAAUCAUUUAAAUGGAAUCAAUGAUUUGAGCAAAAAUGUUAACAAUGUUGUUUAUGUUUUUAUCAUGCAUUUCUGCUUUUAUCUUACUUUGAAGAAAAAAACAUAAUUACAAUAAAAGUAGAUGAUGGCACUUUCAUUUCGAUUUGUGUUUUGUGCAAUAAUACAAGGAGAAAAAUUAUGUAGCUCAG